ACAGUUUGCCGGGUAGCUUAAUGUUGAACAAAUUGUAAAUAUGUAUUUCACGCAAGUUAAGCGUCUAACUAUUAUCUCAUGUUUUCUGCAUUAUUACAGAUUUGCAAAAGUUCACCGGAAGAAGUUUUAGAGCAGAUUGAAACCAUGAUGGAACUAUUUUCAUUUCGUGACACUUGGGAUCCUGUGAAUAAGCUUUUCAACUUCGGAGGCAUAACUCUUUCAUUGCGAGUCAUUAUUUUUGCUUAUGAGUGGAACUAUUCCGGCAGGUUUUCCCGAGUCUCCCUCUCGGUCAACCUAACUGCCGGCUAUGAAGAAAAAGUGCCUGCAUUACGUAUGAGAACAACCCGCAACAACAAACCACAAACAAUUUCUUUAUAUGAUACCGAUGCAUGUAUGCAGGACACGUUUCCCAAAACAGUGCCAAAAACAAAUGGAAUAUCACAGAAAGACUGUAAAG